GGAGCUGCGUCACAUAGCGGGAGUUGCCAUCUUGUGAACCGAAAGAUGGGGCAGUGCGGGCUGAUCUCCUCCAAGACCGUGCUGGUCUUUCUAAACCUCAUUUUCUGGGCUGCGGCUGGCAUUCUAUGCUAUGUGGGAGCCUAUGUCUUCAUCACCUAUGAUGACUACGAUCACUUUUUUGAGGAUGUGUAUACCUUGAUUCCUGGUGUAAUAAUCAUUGCUGCAGGAACGCUUCUUUUCGUUAUCGGCCUGAUUGGUUGUUGUGCCACCAUCAGAGAAAGCCAUUGUGGAUUAGCAACGUUUGUUGUCAUCUUGCUCUUGGUGUUUGUGACUGAAGUUGUUGUGGUUGUUCUUGGAUACAUCUACAGAGCCAAGGUAGAAGAUGAGGUGGAUAAUACUAUUGCAAAUGUAUUCAAUCAAUACAAUGGGAUAUCCCCUGAUUCAGCGAGCCGGGCAAUUGAUUAUGUUCAACGGCAGCUUCACUGUUGUGGCAUUCACAACUACUCAGAUUGGGAAAACACUCCUUGGUUCUCUGAAGCAAAGAACAACAGUGUUCCCCUCAGCUGCUGCCGCAACUAUGUGUUCAACUGUACAGGAAGUAUGAACAAACCUGCAGAUCUCUACUCUGAGGGUUGCAAAGCUCUAGUUGUGGAGAAGCUCCAGGAAAUAAUGAUGUAUGUCAUCUGGGCUGCUCUGGCAUUUGCUGCUAUACAGCUCCUGGGAAUGCUGUGCGCCUUUAUUGUCCUGUGCAGGAGAACCCGUGACCCUGCCUAUGAACUUCUCAUCACAGGUGGAACUUACGCAUAAGAUCUACUAAAUUGCCCAGCUACUUGUGCUUCGUACCCUUCAACCUUUGUUCGAAAAGGGACAACUCAGCUGGACAAGUCUCCUCUUCCACUUAUUCGUCUCUCCCAGCUGAUUCUCAGCUGUGAACUGACUAUAUAGACAGAUAUGACAGUGGGUCAGCUCUCUCUCUGAAUUGUUACCUGUCUGUUACCUCUGUCCUCAGCCUGUCACUUCUGUAGUGUUUUUUGUUUGUCUGAUUUAGUUUGUGCUGAUUUUGUAGGUUUUAGCAAAAGUGACUUGAUGUUAGCUGUAGGACUGUUAGUGAGGGAAAGCAGAAUUGUGUUAGGUCAUUGGUCUGAACUCACUAAUGAUACAAAAAAAGAGUCAAUAUGUGCAGCUGUCACUAAAUGCACUUCUAACCUUAAAGGGGCUACCUUCAAUUUGAAAACGAUCAUCUGCAUCUGCAGCAGGCAACUGCAUUAUUUAUUAAACCACUCUUGAACUCAAUUAUACAUUUGUAAAAUAAGGAUUCACUUGUUUUCCUAUUUGAGAGGACUCUGUAGUAGGAAUAUUCUUUUGUUCUAACUUUUAUCAUCUUGGUCAUGGUCUGUAGAACCCCUUGGUGCAAAUUAUUUAUUUUCAGCUACACCAAAAUAUCUUUGUGCUGAUUCUUUUACUUGUUAGCAAGGUGAGGCCCAUCAUUCAUACUUCUACUUGAAAUGCUGCUUUUCUAUAGUCCUAACAAUGGUACGAAGCAUGUGUCCAACCAUCAAGCACAUCCAGCAUUAACAAAACUUCUCCUAAUGUUGUAUAUUUACAUAACCUCUCCAACAAAGGUGUAAAACUUAUACAGUGCAAGCCAUUUGUUGUUAAUUUAUAAACAAUUUAUUGGCCUUAACCUCCAGGAAUCUUUUUCUUUUUUUCUGCUGCAGAAAAAAACAAGUUCUUCAAACUACUGUUAAAAGUGCAAAGAGAUACAUGGUUUGGAUGGAGGGGAGCACUAUACUUGAAUGAACCUAACCUGGAAUAUUUAGAGCACUCCAUUCAACUCUCUGUACGCCACUCUACAGUAAAAUAUGUUUUCCCAACCCCUCUUGAAGCUAUUUAGUCAGGUUGAAUAGGGAAAUUUAGGAGCCUUUCUGAGGCAAAAUAUGCACUACAUUCUUUCAGUAGUUAAUUAUUUAGGUUGUUUUUCUAUUUGGAGCUGUUCUGUGUAUGGAGUGAAGAAUCUACUGUUAAUAAUUUCACCAUAUGGAACAGCAAAUAAUUCUGUGACUGGAACUGACUUGUAAAUAGUGACUGAUUCAAUAAAAAAUUACACCCUU